UCCUAAUCCCGGCUCGGGGCAGCGGCUGGAGCGCMCAGAGGAGGCUCCGGGCCCGCUCCCGCCCCGCCCCGGCGCGGCCCGGCCGGCAMUCACCGCCCGCCAUGGCGGGGCUGGGGCCCGCGGAGCCUCGGCCGCUGCUGGUGAAAAUCGUCAUGGCCGGGGAGUCCUGCGUGGGGAAGACCUCCAUCGUGCGCAGGUACACGGAGCCCGCCGGCUCUCCCGCCGCCUCCUACAUGGCCACGAUCGGCAUUGAUUUUAAAGUAAAGCCAGUAAUGUUUAAUGAUACAAGAGUGAAACUUCAAAUAUGGGAUACUGCUGGCCAGGAACGAUUCCAUACACUUAGUACCAGCUAUUUCCGUGGUGCACAAGGYUUUGUUCUUGUAUAUGACAUCACAAAUCUGAAGAGUUUUCAAAGUAUAACAAUCUGGAUAAAYGACAUAUAUGAGAAAGCAGGUGAUGAAGUGGACGUAAUACUGUUGGGCAACAAGUGUGAUAAGGAGUCAGAACGGGUAGUUCCAAAACAGAAAGGAGAAAAGCUUGCUUGGGAAUAUGGAAUGCCAUUUUUUGAGACCAGUGCUAAAGAAAAYGUGAACAUUGAGCACGCAUUCUCAGUCUUGACUAAGGAAAUCCUGGAAAAGAAAUCCUAUGUAUUACAUGACUUAGAUGUUGUGAGUCUAAAUGAGACUAAGAAGAGAACCUGCUGUGCAUUCUGAGAUACUGUUUCUUAUUUCAUUUUCUCUUCAGGAAGUAUCAAGUGUUGCAAAGGAACAUACAAACUUYUAAGUGAGCCUGUAAUCCAAAAAUACAGUGUUUAGGCAUCCUUUGUAUUACACAGACUUCGUUGCCAAAUGUUUUUAUAAGUUUAUAUUAUAUUUUCAUAUUUUUAAUGCGAAGAUGAAACAGUUUACCUGAUUUUGGAAUUAUUAGAUGUAUCUCAGGUGACUGUGUUUGAAUACRAAUGUUUGCAGAAGUGAAAUCUAAGUGUACUAAUUUUCUGUUAUUAAAAAAAACACCCUUCACUUUUGUGUGUGUGUUAUUUAUACCAGAUUUGUAAUAUGAUCAAUAUUGACAYGAUUACAGAAGCAACCUUCUGAUACAUGAAAUCAUAUAACAUCUCUUUAAGUACCUGAUAUUUACUGCAUUCCCUUAACACAAGUCACAGAGAAUUCUUGGUUUGGUUUCUUUUUACCCAUUUCAGAAACAUGCAAGCUGCUUCAAUAYCCUUGAUCAGGGGCUCUGCAGAGGUUAUGGUGAGAGAAAGGGAUAAACCAUAUAAAAGAUUGCUGUCACAGAAUGGUUUGGGUUGCAAGAGAGCUUGAAGAUCAUCUAGCUUCAACCUCCCUAACAUGGGCAGGGACAACUUCCACUAGAGUAUGUUGCUGGACCUUCCAAAGAAUUCAGAAAACAUGGAACAACAGAAUGCAUACAGUAUUAAUAAUAACAAUCUUUCUGAUAAAAAAAAUUAUAAUGCCUUAAAAUAAUUUCUGCCAGUGUUAGCAGCAUAUCUGCAUUUUCAAAUGCAGGUAUGUUCUUUUUGUCACAAAUGUUCUUUUGUCAAAAUGUUCUUUUUGUCACAAAUGAUCACAAUAAAAGGCUUUGUUUCAU